CAUACAGGUAAAAGGCUGGCAUGAGGACUUUUUACGGUCAUAACCCUGAGGGUAGGAGAGUUCAUAAUUGCAAAUCUCAGCCUUCAAAAAAGAAGCUUCGCAAGCUCCCUGAAAAUGUUGAAGUGCAUAUUAUUGAUGACUAUGAUGAUGGCAGCAGCAAGGAUCACUCAGCGGAAGACAGAUCAAAGCAGCUUGUCCUUUACAAUCCUGAGAUCACACAUGACAAGCAAAGGGUAGUUGAAGUUACUGAGCCAAUAGAUCACUAUAAUACACUGCACCAAAGUUCCAAGAAGCCAAGAUAUGGAUAUGGCACGGUUCUACCUUCUAUUGGUGUUUAUACUGUACAGUGUGCCUGCUGCUUCAAAUGGAGGGUCGUUCCAACAAAAGAAAAAUAUGAAGAGCUACGGGAAAGUAUUUGUCAGGAGCUUUUUGUAUGCUCAAGGGCUCGUGAAUGGAACCGUGCUUUAUCAUGUGAGGACCCAGAAGAUAUGUCACAAGAUGGAAGUAGGGUGUGGGCAAUCGAUAAGCCAAACAUUGUCCAACCUCCUCCUGGCUGGGACAGGGAGGUCAGAAUCAGGGGCGCUUCCAGCAAGUUUGCAGAUGUGUAUUACACUUCUCCAUCUGGGAAAAGGUUGAGGUCGAUGGUUGAAAUUGGGAGGUACUUGGCAGAGAACCCACACUACAUUAGACAAGGGGUUAACUUGUCUCAGUUUUCGUUUGCUACUCCCAAACCUCUGGAAGAAGACUAUGUUCGAAAGCGUACAUUUGGAGAAUCUCGUGAAUUACCAGAGAUUCCUGAGGUUGCACAAGGUGCGUUAAAUCAGCCCAAGUUGAUCCACUGGGUUGGGCAGCACCUCCUACUCGCAGAGAACUGCUCGGUGAACCUGGCGCUUCAACUUCGGUCCUUCGUGGUGGACCAGCGACUUGGAUCCCAAGCUUCCUCCACUUCGUCGGUCACAGCAACUGCCGGAGGCGCCAACCACUCCCUGCUGCCACAUCGCGUCGCCUGGUCUUCGCCUUCUACCUCAUUGGCUAUGGCUUCGGCCAUGCCACCCGCGCUAUCGAGGUCCCUCCUCACCCCGGGGCAUUCCGGCUACGACCCUCACUGGUCGUCGUUUGUUUCGCUGUUGAAGUGCCAGUACUGUGAGAGUGAGACGGCCGUGGUGCCCCGCGAGUUGAUCCUGAGGGCCAAGGCGGAGUGGCUGAGCUCUAUCAAGAUAUUUCCUUUCUAA